UUCCGGACACCGCAGCCUCACUGAAAAGGGCUGCAUCUUGAUGAAUGCCAUAGACUCUAGGAAGCUUGGAAGGGGCGCGAAGGCAGCUGGAGUCCUCUGGCUGGAUCCAGGGCUAGCAAGACCAUUUCCCGGAAGUUCACAGCCGCUAGGGGAUCGCCGGCGGCCAGGGUCCUCCAGCGUGGGCGAGAGCGGCGUCUCUAUGAUCAAGGAGCCAUCGAGCGGGCCUCUCUGUCCGCCCAGUCAGACUGCGCAUGAGCGGUAGCGGUGGCCCCGGGAAGAUGGCGGAGGACGGGGAGAGAAAAAAGAUCCCUUUGGUUCCGGAAAAUCUCCUGAAAAAGAGGAAGGCGUAUCAGGCUCUGAAAGCAACCCAGGCAAAGCAGGCCCUUUUGGCAAAGAGGGAGGGGAAAACAAAAGAAUUCAGGUUUAAGCGACUGGAAUCAUUCGUACAUGAUUCCUGGCGGCAGCAGCGUGACAAGGUGCGUGUCCGGCGGCUAGAAGUGAAACCUCGUGCAUUGGAAGUACCUGAUAAACAUUCCUUGGCCUUCGUUAUACGCAUGGAAAGGACAGAAGGAGUGAGUCUGUUGGUACAGAAGACCAUAGCAAAACUUGGCCUGAAGAAGUUGUUCAGUGGUGUCUUUGUCCAUGUCACCCCUCAGAGUGUGAAAAUGCUGCGCACAGUGGAGCCUUACGUGACCUGGGGAUUUCCAAAUCUGAAGUCUGUCCGGGAACUCAUCUUGAAACGUGGCCAAGCAAGGAUUAACAAUAAGACUGUCGCUCUGACCGACAACACAGUGAUUGAGGAGCACCUGGGGAGAUUUGGUGUCAUUUGCCUGGAAGACCUCAUCCAUGAAAUCGCCUUCCCGGGCGAGCAUUUCCAGGAGAUCUCCUCAUUCUUGUGCCCUUUCCACCUCUCCGUGGCCCGGCAUGCUACCAAGAACAGAGUGGGGUUCCUCAAGGAGAUGGGUUCUCCUGGCUAUCGGGGUGAACGCAUCAAUCAGCUCAUCCGCCAGCUGAACUAGACUGGGACCAGGGUUCCCAAAGACGCGGUGCACUGGAAGAGUGCUUUUGUAUCUCAGAUGACCGAGUAUCUUCAGAGAAGAUGAUUUCUGCCUUCACACUGGAAGGAAGAGGCUGGGAGAAAGACUCGGGUCCGAGCAUUGUGAACCUCACCACAACCCAGUUCCAUGGAAAGUGGCUGCCCUGCUUCGUCCUGCCUGGUGUCUUGGUGUUUAAUGUUGGGUGGGCACAAAGUCCAAACACCCUUCCCACCGCUUCAAGACUAAAGCAAUGGACCAGACCAGGGCCAUACUUGAGUUUGGAAGAAAAGAGUCUUGGUUUUUACUUUUUAUUCUAUUGUUGUCAGUGCAGGUGGCUUUUUUUAUUUGUUUGUUUAGGACAGGGUCUCACUGUGUACAAUCCUGGCUGGCUUUAAACUCCAUAGCAAUCCUCCUGCCUCAUCCUCCUAGGUGCUAAGAUUACAGGUGUGUGCACCCCCAGCCUGGGAACUUACUCCUCAGACAUGAAAUGUGGUUAGGAAGUGACAAAAGCAGUGUGCGGUCUUGUGCUGUGAGGCCAUGGUGUGACCUCGGUGUCAGCUGUGGUCAGGCUUGCCUGUCCUGAGUCGGUGUGGUGCCGUUUGAACCCUGACCAAUCCAGUGUUUAAGAUGGGGUUGUCUACGCUAGGAAGACACAUGCCUCAAACCAUACACACACUCCCAUUGUGCUCAGAACUCCAAGGUGCCUCUUACGUGAGGACAGCCUGCUUUUAUGAGCAUUGAUCUAGCAUUCUGUGCUAGAAGAGACUAAAGUGAGAAACUGGGCCUUGUGUUACACCCCCUUAAUCCCAGUGCUUGGGAGACAGGCAGUACCCCCUUAAUCCCAGUGCUUGGGAGACAGGCAGUAGAGAUCCUGAGUUUCCUGCUCUACAGAGUUCCAGGACACCCAGGGCCACACACAGAAACAACUCAAAAAUGUAUCCAGGAAUUGCCCAUUAAAUUUCACCCUGGCUUUCAGGAUGGCCUAUCAGCCUUUCCUUAAAACCCGCACCAGGUGGUGGCACACGCCUCUAAUCCCAGCACUCGGGGAGGCAGAGACAAGCGGAUCUCUGAGUUUGAGGCCAGCCUGGUGAGAUCCAUGACAGGCACCAAAACUACACAGAGAAACCCUGUCUCAAAAAACAAACACACACCAGGGGUCCACUUUCUUAACCAUUGUUUUCCCUUGAGAUUUCCUGUAACCUUGGCUCCCUGUGAAACUGAGUUAGAAAUAAUGACAAGAGCCAAAGCCGUGUGCUGGUAGCACUUAAUUCCAGCACUUGGGAGGCAGAGAUAGGCAGAUCUCUGAAUUCAUUCCUGCCUGGUGUACAGAGCAAGUUCCAGGACAGCUAGGGAUACAUAGUGAGACCCUGUCUCAAGGGGGGAAAAGGAAAAAAUGUAACAGUGCCUCAGAACAUGCCAGUUACAAGGUCAGUGGGUUCCAGAAUCUUCCAGGGGUCAGUAACUGCUGUUGUAGAGCAUUGGGAGAUGAGGUAACCAAAAAUCCCUUGCAGUCACAGAGAAAUGCUAAAUGAGGCGCCCCUAGGCAGUGUCAGAGUGCUUCCCUAAUAAGUGUGAGGCCCUUUAAGAUAAGGGGCAUGGCUUGCGUUUCUGGCCUGAAAAGUGGAGCUCCUGGAUGUCAGAAUUUAAAACCACUUUUAAAAUAAUUGUAAGUAAAAGACUAUUUUUAGA